GGCCGCCUUUCAAACUGCAUGGAUAUCACAAAUUUUCUAAACUCAAUGGAGGAGUCAUUGGAAACUACUGAAAGUGAGGCAGAGCUGUCAUCUGAGACUUUACUUGAGCAUUUGAUUACAGGGGCUUUGGAUACUGGUGGUGUACAUAAUGAUGAUGAAGAGGAUGAUUCUCCAGAGCCAGCACCACUUCCAAAGCCAUCAGAUGCUCUGAAUGCUGUACGGCUGCUUAUUUCUUAUAUGGAAGGGCAGGGUGUGUCAAGAACAUCUCUUCUUCGGCCUCUUGAGCGUCUUGAGCGAGACCUGGAAAGUGAGAUUGUCGCAUCGCAAGUCCAAGGCACACUAGAUAGUUGGCUUAGAUAACUAACCAAUGAACCUCACCUUUGCGACAACCUCAGAUAGCCGAUAUUAUAUCGAGGGAAGAAUUAUAUCG